AUGACAUUCCCAUACAAGCACGUUUUGCUCGUUGGAGCUACAUCGGGGAUCGGUAGAGCGGUGGCUGAUCGUCUGAUCCAGGCUGGUAUCAAAGUGACUGCCGUAGGGCGACGGAAACAGCGUCUCGAAGAGUUCAUUGAAAAGCACGGCGAAGAAAAAGCUUCCGCGAUGGAUUACGAUGUCAGCGAUAUUAACGGGGCUCCCCGAUUCGCCGCAGACGCAACGGCUCAAUAUCCAGAUAUCGACUGUAUCUUCCUCAAUCCAGGCACGCAACGGAAAUACGACUUGACCGACCCCAAGGAUGGGGACUUGAGUGAUUUCAGAGCAGAAAUGGACGUCAAUUUCAUCAGCUACGUUGCUCUAACUCAGGCGUUUACUCCAUUCUUGAUGUCCAAGUCGACCCCAACAAGCUUUAUAUUUACAACAUCGCUUCUGGCUUUGGUGCCUGCACCAAGAAUCCCCGCCUACUCAGCCGCUAAAGCUGCUCUGAACGCCUUUUUGUACUGCCUGCGAGACCAGCUGAGAGAAUCAAGUAUCAAAGUGAUCGACUUGGCUCCACCCCUUGUGUCUACCGAAUUACACGAUUAUAUGGGCAUUGAGAAAGGACGCAGCAUGGGGAUACCAGUUGAGGGGUAUGCCGAACAUGUCUAUCAAGUAUUGGAAAACGGAAGCGACGAGGUUAUCGGUGGAGGCGUUGGACCCACGGAGGUCUUUCGAGAUCUGAAUGACAAGCGUCGCCAAGUCUUCGAUGAGGUCGUCCCAAUGCUUCGUGACGUAUGA